AUGUCAACGAAAAAGAAAGAUGAUGAUUAUGUACCAUCUGAUGGAUCUGUGAGUGGUGAAGAAAUCGACUCUCAACCUAAAACUAAAGGUCGUCAAUCAAAGAAGAAAGAUGCGGAUAAUGAUAAUGACAAUUCUAAAAAGUCUAAAAAACAUCAAGAUUCGGAUGAAUCUGUGAGUGAUGAAGAAAUUGACUCUCAACCUAAAACUAAAGGUCGUCGAUCAAAGAAGAAAGAUGCGGGCAAUGAUAAUGCCGAUUCUAUUGAAGUAGAUAAAAAGUCUAAAAAACAUCAAGAUUCGGAUGACAAAGAAAACAAAAAACCUAAAAAGCAACAAGAGUCGACAGAGGCUGCCAUCGAGGCCGAAAAUGAGAUCUUAAGAAAAGUACCAUUGCCAUCUUCUUUAAAUAAAAACGUGAGUACUAAGAAAACUUGCAUAAUUGGAUCGAUGAAUAUCCAAGCGUUUGGUGUCAAAAAAAUGGCCGAUAAAGAUGUAAUGAAGAUUAUUAUUGAUAUUCUUCAACAUUAUGAUAUUAUCCUUUGUCAAGAGGUUCAUGUGCCAAAAGGCAAAGAAGAAAUGAUUGACAAUCUUGUUAAAUCGAUAUCAUCAUCAUCUACAUCUUAUUCUUAUGUUAUGUCUGAACCCAUAGGUAGAAAUUCUUAUCAAGAAAGGUAUCUUUAUCUAUAUAAAACAAAUGAUUGGAAAGUGAUUGAUAAUUAUGUAAUUGAUGAUACCAAAUUGGGAGAUCAAUUUAUUCGAGAACCUUUUGUCGCUCGAUUUCAACAUCAGAAACAUUCUGAUGUGAGGAUUAAUCUUGUUGGUUGCCAUACUCAACCAGAGCAAGCAUACAAGGAAAUCAAAGCAUUAGUUACUAGUGUAUAUCCUAUAGUAAAGAAGAAAUUAGAACAAAAAAUGAGGGGUAUUCCUCAACCAUCUAGGCCAGAAAGAAAAGAGAAAUCAAGCAAAUUACUUUCACUUUUUAAUUUUUUAUGUUGUUGUUUUAGACCUGAUGUUGAAAAGGAUACAACGCAUGAAAAAACAAGAGAUGCUGAUAGUGAAAGUAGUGAACCUAUAGUUUUAAUGGGAGAUUUUAAUGCAUCAGGCUCCUAUCUCAAUAAAACAGAGCGUGGAGAAAUCGAUGAAUUAUUAGAGAAACGUGGAUUGACUUGGGGGAUUGAUCAUAAAAGUGACACUACCGUUGCCUCCGGAGAUGCUGCCUAUGAUAGAUUUGUAUUUGAGUCGAACAACAAGGAUGAAUGGGUUGGAGAUGUCCGGAUAUGGAGAUUCGAUGAUGGUUGGGCAGAUAAAAUCAAGAAGGAUCCCGAUUUGGUCAAGAAAUCUGCAAAACGUGUCUCUGAUCAUUAUCCCAUUGAAUUCGAUUUUAAAUUAGUGUAA